AUCAAGUUAGAUGUGAUAAGGUUAACAAGAAAAACGACCAAGUCACGUAGCUUACGUUUUUCCAUAACCAAAACUAGCGCUCUCGAUCACCUGAGCAGUAGCUCCAAUGGCGAGCAGAGCAAUAGAGGUAAACGUCCUCAUCGUGGCGGGUGUGAGGAGGGAGUGAAGUAAAGGGCUGGUUGGUAUGAUAAAGAACCCUGGAGCGUGUCUCGUCAAUUGCGUACAAACACUUCCACGCCGAUGUCGAUCCCACGGUGUCAGGCGUCAAUUAUUCGGUAUCGGAACACUUCGAGCGAUUGGAAGCUUUGCCACGGUCACAAUGGCACGAUUGAUCGGACUCGCACAGGCUAGCGACAACGCGAGUAGUGAUCCACCCAACCACAACAGCAAUCACGCAAAGUCGGACCUCCUUAGCAAUAGCAGCCGCCGAGGGGGAGAAGUCGAUAAAAUGUUGCAACUGGAUACUGUUGAGAAUAGUGUGGCGAACGCCGACGUCCGAGAAGUCCAUGCGGAGGGAUUGCUAUUGAUACGUUGGUCUUAAGCGCCCUAGCGCUGUUCAGAGCGUUACUCCUGAAUGGAUCUCCGCAGAGCGCCCCCACGUGACUGCGGAGGAGCUUCACACGAUCUGCAUUCCGCACUCUUCCCUCGAUGUUGUCCUCGAAUUGCCAACAGAAAGAAGGGCCCUACAGCCAUGGCUGAAAUUUAUCCGUCAUUGGCGCAGUGUGCCAUUGUGGCUGCUGCCUUUAAGGUGCUACUGUUCCCAGCAUACAAAUCGACCGAUUUCGAGGUCCAUCGUAACUGGCUGGCCAUUACACAUUCUCUCCCGGUCAAGGAAUGGUACUACGAGAAAACCUCCGAAUGGACCCUCGAUUACCCCCCGUUCUUUGCGGCCUUCGAAUGGUUGAUGUCGCAAGCCGCCGCGCUUGUAGAUCCUGCUAUGCUUAUCGUGAAAAACCUGGGACAUGAUUCCUGGCAGACCGUCUACUUCCAAAGGACCACCGUGAUCCUGACGGAGCUAGUCCUCGUCUAUGCGCUGGGCAGAUUCAUCAAGUCUUCCCCGCUUGCAAAUAGACAGGCAGCACAUGUUGCCAGCCUUUCGAUCCUCCUCUCCCCGGGCCUCUUGGUCAUCGACCACAUCCACUUCCAGUACAAUGGGUUCAUGUACGGCAUCUUGAUUCUGUCACUUGUUCUGGCUCGCAAGCAACUCCUCGCCAGUGGGUUCUUGUUUGCUGUCCUGCUUUGCUUCAAGCAUAUCUACCUCUACCUGUCGCUAGCCUACUUCGUCUACCUCCUCCGCGCCUACUGCUUAGACCCUAAGAACGUUCUACGCCCACGAUUUUUGAACAUCAUCAAGCUUGGGAUCUGCGUGGUGGGCGUCUUUGGCAUUGCCUUUGGGCCAUUUGCCGAUCAGAUUCUCCAGCUGAAGGAAAGGCUGUUCCCGUUCUCUCGAGGACUGUGUCAUGCAUACUGGGCACCAAAUUUCUGGGCCAUGUACUCAUUCGCAGACCGUGCCUUGAUUCCACUAGCUCCUCGUCUCGGCCUGCCGGUCAACCGCGAGGCCCUGCAGAGUGUUACCCGAGGUCUUGUUGGAGAUACCUCCUUUGCUAUUCUUCCCGAGGUAACCAAGGAGCAGACAUUCCUCUUGACGUUUGUCUUCCAGCUGGUGCCUUUGGUGAAACUUUGGUUUCGUCCAGACUGGGACACUUUCAUUGGAGCAAUUACUCUCUGCGGCUAUGCCUCAUUCCUUUUUGGCUGGCACGUCCAUGAGAAGGCUGUCCUCUUGAUCAUCAUUCCCUUUAGUUUGAUUGCUCUGAAGGACCGUCGCCACUUCUCUGCUUUCCGGCCACUCGCAGUUGCAGGACACGUCUCUCUCUUCCCAUUGCUGUUCACACCCGCCGAGUUUCCUCUGAAAACCGUGUAUACCGUCUUCUGGCUCAUCCUUUUCCUCUUCAUUUUCGAUCGCAUCGCGCCAGUCCCAGAGCGCCCACGGGUGUUCCUCUUCGAUCGCUUCUCUUCACUGUACUUGACUUUAUCAAUUCCGCUUGUCCUGUACAGCUCUCUGCUUCAUCACUUGAUCUUCGGAUCACAGCGGCUGCAGUUCCUCCCACUGAUGUUUAUGAGUAGUUACUCUGCACUAGGGGUAGUCGGAAGCUGGGUUGGAUUUAUGGUAGUAUACUUUACUACAUGAGUGUAUUUCUAGAUAGAGAUUAUCUUAAAAAUAAAUAGUAGACUCUUUCUUCAUGGU